GAGGAUCUUGCAGAGGAUACUUUGGAAACUGAAGAUGCUAAAAUGGAGAAAAAAGUAUCAAAUGGUAUGCAGCAGAUACACAGUUAUGUCCUACAGUCUUCCAUUGCUUUACACUGUAGGGUCAUGCCCCCACCUUGCAUUAGAAACCCAUAUCUCAGUGAUGCGUCAGAGACUGACGUAGAUCCAUUUGGAAAUGAAAGGUCCAAAAGUGCUGGCUUAUUCUCUUCUGUUACUGGAGGAGAUUGUCCCUCACAGUACCACACCGAUUUCCAUGAAAUUGAGCAAAUUGGAGCUGGUACCUUUGGUCGUGUUUGGAAAGUUUUAAAGAGAAUAGAUGGUUGCUUGUAUGCUGUAAAGCAGAUCAUCAGGCCAUUGUGUGAAGACAGAGAACGGAUAACAGCUUUGAUGGAAGUACAAUCUUUGGCAGCUUUAGGCUCUCACGAGAACAUUGUUGGAUAUUACUCUUCUUGGUUCGAAAAUGAGCAUCUUUACAUUCAGAUGGAGCUCUGUGAUUACAACUUGUCCAGUCAGAAGUCUUCACUUUUAACCGAAUAUGACGCACUGACAACUCUACAUCAGCUUGCGAAAGUAUUGCUUUUUAUGCAUGACAGAGGAAUUGCCCACCUCGAUGUCAAGCUGGAUAACAUUUAUGUCAAGAAUGGUGUAUACAAGCUCGGUGAUUUUGGUUGUGCGACUCUCCUUAACAACAGCCUACCCGUUCAGGAGGGUGAUACACGGUACAUGCCUCAUGAGAUCCUGAAUGAGAACUUUGAUCAUCUUGACAAGGUUGAUAUUUUUGCCUUGGGAGCUUCUGCGUUUGAGCUUGUAACAGGGUCGACUUUGACGAAGUCUGGGCCUCAGUUUCUGAGUCUUAGAGAGGGAAAUCUGCCUUUUCUACCUGGCCAUUCACUGCAUUUCCAGAAUUUGCUGAAGGUCAUGAUGGAUCCAGAUCCAACUGCCCGGCCUUCUGCGAAAGAACUGGUGGCGAGUCCAAUUUUCGACAGGAUUCGGAGGAACGGAAAGACCUGAGCCAAGACAGUGAUUCCAACUAUGAACACAAAUAACUAACUGCAGGU